UUGGAGGGAAGAAACAUUUUGAACAAUAUAGAGGUUCCUUUAAAAGGAUAAUUUUAUUUAAAAUCGAAAAACAAGCAACAACCAUCAAGAUGAACGAAUCAACUGCAUUAACUCCCGGGCCAAGGGUGUUCGAUCGAUAUGAGUUUGUAUCAGAGUCCCCGGCUGUAGGGGUUUUCUUGAUUAUAGUAUUGAUAUUUGCAUCACUAAUUGGGGCAUUCGGAAAUCUGCUCAUAUUGGUGUCUCUUUUCAAGUGUAGGAUGAUUAAAUCUUUAGAAUGCAUCUUCAUCGGUAACUUGGCUCUCUCUGAUUUGUAUGUGACUUUGGUUGCCGACCCGAUGAGCAUAAUUGCUAAACUAGAAGGGGAAUAUUUCUUCAAUUCCAUAGAUGGGUUAUGCCAAGUAAUCGCCUAUAUUUGUACAAUGGCUUGCGUAAAUUCUCUUGGUUCAAUAACAUUGAUGAGUUUUAACCGUUACAUUCUUAUUUGCCAUCACGAAUAUUACAACAAAAUUUUCAAAAAGAGCACAUGCAUUGCGAUGUGUGUUUGCUUAUACCUUAUUGGUCUUACGCUUGUUCUUUUAAAUUUGGCGGGAAUUGGAGACCAUUCCUUUGACAGGAAAAGCCUUGAAUGUAUAUGGGACCGCAUGGCAACGUAUUAUUAUACUGUGGUAUUUUCCGUGCUUUUAGUAUGGAUUCCAGUAACUGUAACGGGAAUAUUUUACUUGAAGAUUUUCGUAACUGUUCGGAAGAGUACGAAAAAAAUUACACAAGUCACGUGUGCAGACCACAACCAGAAAUCAGUCAACCUUGCACGAACAUUGUUUUUUAUUUACGUUAUUUUUUCUCUGUGUUGGAUUCCAUACGCCUUGAUUAUAGUGAUAGACAGAAAUGACACAUUUCCAUAUGAGCCACAUUUGAUUCUCACUGUUUUUGGCCAUUUACAUCCUUCAAUCAACUGGUUGGUUUACUAUUUCACCAACACAAAAUUUCGUAAGGCUUUUGACAGACUUGUAAAGCUGAACAAAUUUUUCGACUUAUGCAAGAAAAAGAAGGAAAUACCGAUUGAAAUGUCGAAGACACCAACACACUCAAACGAUAUUUUGACUACCAAAACACAAAAUUAUCAUUCGUCUUCAGGAACUGAAUAACACGAGAAUACCUUUCCAUAAAUAUUUACUAUGACUGUGCAAAAUUUAUCUGUGAUCAAAGCUAAGGACAAUACCCUUGAGGACAUUCAUAAUUUUCAAUUGUGUAAAUAAGUGCUUAGGUAAAGUUUAAGGAAUAAA